AUGCAUUCGCAGCACACGCUGGCCCUUCUUCAUGUGGUUGAUGUGCCUUUGUGGACGGCAGCUGACAACUUCUACGUGGACCCAGAUGGAGUUCUAUGGACUGCUGCACACCCAGUCAUCAAAAAGGCAUUCGAGCACUUUGGAAACUGCGACGAUCUCAGCAUACAUUCACCAUCACAGGUACUGCGGAUCAAGUUUUCGGAUGACUUUAAAACUUGGGAAAUUACUGAACCCUUCGCUGAUGAUGGGCGGUUUAUCUCCGCUUCCUCUAUAGCUGUUCCUUUCAAAAAUCAAUUACUUAUUGGAUCAGUUUGUAGAGAACUUGUUCAUUGCGAUAUUAGGUCGGAUACCAUAUAA